AUGAUAAUGUUUUCCAAGUUUGUUGGUUCAUUUAAAAGCAAACUUGGUAAUUCAAACUCCUCGUUGCCGUCACCGUCAAACUCAAACAAACAAAGAAGUGGAAGUCGAAGGAAAAUUAGUUUUGAUCAUCACACCAACCGCCAGAGAGAACCAGAAAAUACCACAAGUUGUGGCACACCUGGCGAUAGAAACACAUACUGCCGUCCUCACUUUCUUCAGUUGACAAAAGAAGAGGAAGCCGCUUCGCUGAAUCACAGCACUCGCCCUAUUAUUGUACCCAAGGAUGUGAACCAGAUACCUUUAGGAGCCGGUUAUGCAGAGUGUAUUAAUGGAGGGAAAUCUCCUAGAAAUGAAGAUGAAGCAGCGGUGGGUAGUUUUGUUCUGUCAGAUCACUCAAAUGGUCUUACAGAUGGUAAAAGAUCGUUUGAAAAAUUACAAGUCAAAUAUUUUGCUAUAUUUGACGGGCAUGCUGGGACUGGAGCUUCCCUGAUGGCUGCUGAUCAGCUGAUUAACCAUUUGCAGGAAAAAUUGGUGGAAAUUCAAGAAGAUAUAUUUAAGCUAUUACGUCAGGAGACUGUGGAUAGUUCACGAAAUAUAGCAUCGUCAGUGAUAACAAUUGAUAGUUUAAUUAGAGGUGCAUUGGAGGCUGCUUUUCUCUCCUUUGAUGAACAGAUUGCCCGAGAACGUCUGUCCAUUAAUAUUAGUGGAGGUUGUGCUGCCAUAGUUGCUCUUGUCUUGCUGAACAAACUCUAUGUAGCACAUGCAGGAGAUUGCAGGGCAGUCAUCUUUUUUGGAAAUGAAACUAUUGAGAUUGCCACAGAAUUCACACCUGAAACUGACGCUGAAAGAAUCCAGAACCUGGCCUACAUAAAUCCUGGACUUACUCAUUCCUUCUUCAGUGACAACUAUUUUCUCAGUCCUCUACGAGAAAAAGAUAUUGGAACCCGGGUGCUCUACAGAGCUCCUCAAAGAGCUGGAUGGCACUGCAAGGAAGUGACAGACGAGGACGUGUACAAACUACCAAUAGUAUCUGGUCGUGGGAAAUGGGCUCGUCUCAUGGGUGUAAUCGGUGUUACUCGUGGUUUUGGUGACCAUGGUCUUGUUGUACCAAAUACAGACAUUCACGUGAAGCCAUUUAUGACAGCAGUUCCAGAGGUUCGAGUGUUCAACCUGGCUGACAGAGACAUCAAGGAGGAUGAUGUAAUGGUUAUGGGCUGCGAUGGUCUGUGGGAUAUGUUGAGCAACGAACAAGUGGGCUUGGCUGUGAAGGCAUCACUGGCCGUGUCACCUGGAGAAAAUAGCUUAGACAGGUACACAAGAGUUGCACAUCAGUUGGUACUUAUGGCAAGGGGAGAGAAAACAGGAAGAGGAUGGAAGAUGAAAAAUGGUCAAGAAGCUUCAUUUGAUGAUAUUUCUGCCUUUGUUAUCCCCCUUCAUCGUUGCUUGGAUACGUCUUUCAAGAAAUGA